AUGGCCUCCUCGACUCUGACCAACCUACUCGCCCUCAUCCUCUCGGUGCUAUGCCACGCCGCCUACCACGCUUUCCUCUUCCACACAGUACGCCAUGCGCCAACUCGGACAGUGUACGGCCUCACCCGUGCGGCGCGCCGGGUCUGGGUCGCCGCCAUCAUGUUUCGCAAAAACGAAAUUCUCGCUGUGCAGACCCUCCGUAACUGGGUCAUGGCUUCAUCUUUCCUAGCGACCACUGCCGUACUUGUCAUCACGGCGGCGCUGACGGUCGUCGCGCAGAUUGUGGCGAGAUGGAAUGAGGAGAUGACGAAAGGACCCAUGUUUCCCAUGAUUCAGUUUGUCACGAACGACUGGUUCUCGUUUCGGCUGGCGGCGCUAUGCGUAGUGUGCGCCGGAGCCUUCUUCUGCUUCUCGCAGAGCGUGAGGUUCUUCAACCAUGCUGCUCUGGUAUGCAACGUCAAUGUAUCACCGCAUCCUCCACACGCCGCCGCAGCCACAGCGACCGCCACGUCCUUCAAAUAUCUACACAACAACCCCAUCCGAGUGGCAGCGAUCCUUAACCGCGGAUGCUUCUUCUACACGGCCGGGAUGCGAUGCUAUUACUACCUGUUCCCCAUCGUCGCCUGGUUCUGGGGUCCGCUCGCCCUAGGCAUCGCAUCCGCGCUACUGCUGCCGGUCUUGCGAAUGAUUGAUUUUCAUGUCAGCGAUUUCGAGCUGGAUGCGAGACCAAGCAACCGCUGGAUCAGGGGAGAGAACAGGGCCGCGGAGACGGAGAGCAGAGGAUCGAUGCAUGCUUUGUCGGAGAUUAGGACCGAUGGUAGACGGCAUGCUGCUUAGGACAAAGGAUGCAACGAUGUCGGAGGCGCAGCGCACCAACUAUGCGCCUCGCGACAUCCAGGAUAUAUCUCUGCCUCAGCCAGGACUGUUCAUGUGGAAGGGGCCACAGGCAAAUCAGUAGAGUGACCCGAAGCCAGCCGGCGUUAGAUACCUUAGACACCACUGACGCAUAACAGGACUGAUUACUCGCACAUUACAUUGUAACAUUUUGGCGUAUUCGCAUCACAACAGUAACUUUGCCAUGACGCUUCCAAAAGAG